UUAGUUGUCAUCCACGUUCCGUCGUGUUGUUUUUCUUGCGUCAAAUGCGUCAGGAGAGUGCGUACGCGUGUAUCGUCGACCACGUACGGGAAUCAAUCGGUCGGUCGCUACGCUAAUCAGUGUUAUCGUUAAAUAAAAUGCGCGUGAAAAAUGUUGCAAGAGGAAGAUAAAGCUCCGUACGAGAGCGUACUAGACCUGAAAGGGGAUGAUUAUCAACAACUCAGUGUUAUACACAAUUUACCGAGUCUCUUAGCUACAGACACGCAAUCAUGUAUGUCUCGUGUGGUACCAAAAAUGCAGCAAUCGUUGCCUACUGCAUCUACAGAGUUUCACCUUGCAGCCUCAUCUACGUUCAAAACAAUAUUAGAGCAGAAACUUGUCAGCCAUAAUGUCUUCAGUCAAACAUUCCUCCAAAGUAUAUUAAAUUCGCUUGACAGUCGUGAUCCAGUCGUUUGUGAUGCAUGGCUGGAGACCUUACUGGAUGUGAUAGAGUUACUGCCGGUAGAAGUCAUAAGAUUGCAGAUUCUUCCAUUGACUAUAAUGAAAGGACAAUUAUCACAACCUAUCUACUCCAGGGUAACGUGCAGCAGGUUACUAGGAAAAAUUUGUACAAGAUUUGAUUCUGCUAUGAUACAGAAGGAAGUUCUACCAACGGUACAUUCCCUCUGUCAGGAUGUAAAUAGCGAAGUACGAGCUAGUAUCUGCUUGCAGCUACGUUUUGUUGCCGAAGGCCUUGGUGCUGAGUCUGUAAAACCUGCUUUGUUACCGUCUCUCGUAGAAUUAGCAAGCGACGAAGAAAGCAAUGUAAGAUGCACCUCUGUACAGACAAUAGUGUACUUGCUACCUCAUCUUCAAGAAGAUACAAUAAAAACUACCAUAGUGCCACUUGUUAAAAAAUUAUGUGAGAAUGCAAUGAAAUCGGACGAUAAUGUGAUAUGCAUUAUUGCCCAGGAGUUUGGAAAGCUCGUACUUGGUUUGGAAAAAUGCUUAUUACCCACGGAAAAAGCAUGGUUUUUAAAAUAUUUUCAACAACUUGCGCAAAUGGGUAUUGUCUCGAUGAAAAAAGAGUCCAAACCUCACCUUCUGUUUAUGACUAGUAAUCCAGCCGAAGAUGAGAAAUAUAUGGAAUGCAGAAGGUGUUGCGCUUUUAAUCUACCCGCAAUGUUUCUUUUUGUGUCAAAUUCGUCGGACGAUACGGACGCGUUACUUCUUACGUUUAACGCGUUGGUGAACGAUCACUAUUACAUGGUUAGAAGAACUGUAGCAAGUGGAAUUCAUGAAGUGGCUAAGAUAUUGGGUCCAAAGAGCGGUCGAAUAAAAUUAGACCUAAUAAAAUUAUUAAAGGAUGAUUCGAAGGAAGUUCUACAAGGUUUAGUUCCUCACAUAGGAUUACUGCUUGAUUGUUUAGCCGAAAGUCAAACUAUCGGAGUAGAUAGGAUGGACUCUACUCUGAUGGAAAUUGGCAGAGCAUUAAUAAUAUGUGAAGUAGAAAUAUCAUCUACACGUAAUUGGAGACUAGCGGUAUUAAUGCAUUCACAGCUCGAAAUAAUAGUCAAAUACUUUCCAAGCGAUUUUAUAUAUUCAAAUUUUGUGCCAAUGGUUUUUUUCAGAAUAUUACACGCUAGGCCAAUACCUGUACGUCUUGCCGCGGGAACGUUAUACCUUUUCCUUUUACGUUAUAACAUGAAACCUACUCAAAGGGUAGAACUUCGAAGCAGGUUAUACACAGAGCUGGCUAACAGUCCCGACUGUUACGUGAGAAUGAUGUUUGUUCGUAUGAUGGUAGAGGCCUUAGAAAUUUUCUCUUCCGUAUAUUUCAAGGAACACUUUUUCAACGUUUUAUUGAACAUGGCUGAGGAUCCUGUAGCCAACAUUAGGAUUAAAGUAGUUUCCCUGUUGCCUCAAUUGAAAGGCCUGUUAUGGAUACCGACGGAUAAAAAAUUGUUAACGGCGUUAGAGACGACUAUAGGACAUUUAAUGAACAGCGAAAAGGACAGAGACGUAAUUGCCGUGUUAGCAACUGUUGUGCGGAAAUUGAACGAGAUGAAACUUAAAUACGAUGGCCAAACUCCAGCGAGUAAACAUACGAAGCAAGAUAUCGAGGAUACUAGGAAAUUAGAAGAAGAGAAAAGAUUGUCAGGACUGACGCCUGGAAAAUCUUCGUCCGGAGGGACUGCAAUGAAAAAGGGUGCAUGGCGACGACCACCGGAUAAUCCAGGGAAAACAAUACCGCCGACAUCAUCAAAGGAAGGUAGUGGAUCACCUCGUCACUCGAGCGAAGGAACAAGAGGAAGAAUUCAACUAACACAUCCUUGGGAAAGACUAGGUCAUACUAACUCGAAUGCUAGUACGACCCAUGCUAACUUUGAGAGUGGGCCAUGUCACGAUUUUCUGAUGCAAAAGAUGCAACAAAAUCGCUCGAAAUUGGCCUCGUUGCCGUUGAUAGUAUGGCCGGAUUCGUGCGAGUGCAACUACGAGGAGGAGAACAAUGUCCAUUCUUGUCCCCCGUCCGACUACGCUACAUCCGUUUUCCUGGCGUUCAUGAGAGAAAAUCGACGAAAGUCGCAGCAAAACUCCCUACUAACACGAGACUAUGCGCGUGAAUUCUCCACUAACAUCGCUAGCAAGGACACUGCCACUGCGAGAACGUUUUCCAGUGCUCCUAAUCUGGCUAUGCUCAGAGCACUGACCAAAGCGGCUCACUAUAACUCUUGUUGGCCCUGUAGCUCGAUGCCGGAAAUACCGGUGAUGCUGUCGGACGACGAGUUCCUCGUGGACGCCGGUAUCCGGAUACCUGCGCAAUUCUCUUCGCAAAGCAUGUCGAAGAUACCGCACCUGCAGGAUUCGGUAUUCGGAAAGAGAAGGGGUUCGUUCAAUUUCGACCGUUCGCGUAGCGUCGGCAUGAACUUCGAGAAAGGGAAACCCAAGAGGAAUUCGUCCGUCGAGUACGAGGAUUGCAUGAAACGGAGAACCAACGGUGCCGAUCAAUCGAACAACGGAAGGACAUCGAUGGACUGCGAAGAUGACAUGAGAUUGGUGAAGGAGAGUCAACAGUUGGGCAAAAAGGACACGGUGUACAUCGGGCCGAUGAUGAGGUCGAGAUUCGGGUUCGGUGUGAAUCAGGAGCGAUCGAUAGAGGAGAAGAUUAAACGUAACUCGCUGAUAUUGGAUAAGGACAAGCCGAAGAUUUUGCAGUCAAAGUGCGCGCUGGAUAGGACUAAGCGGCAUUCAGCGAGUUUCGAUAAGGGAAAGCCGAAGAGAAACUCGUCGAUCGAGUACGAGGACGACAUGAAACGUAGAACGAACGGAACUAACCACCAGCCGAAGGAUCUCAGGACCUCGAUCGACUACGAGGACGGGUUAAGACUGGGGAAAGAUGAUCAACAACUGGACGCAAAGGAUUCGUCGAUGUAUCUCGGGUCUCUGGUUAGAACGAGGUUCGGGUUUGUCAAUCAAGAAAGAUCGAUGGACGAGAAGAUGAAACGAAACUCGUUGGUGUUGGAGAAGGAUAAGCCGAAGCUGGUGCACGCGAAAUGCACGCUAGAUAGGACUAAACGACACUCGGCGAACUUUAGCUUAAAGCAGACGGACACGAAGGAUAUUAAACCCAAUUUGAAAUGCCACAGCUUAGAAGUGGUCGAUUACGUGCCAAGCGAACGCCUCGGCAGGGCCCUCAGGCGGUAUUCAACCUUGGACGUGAAUCAUAAUCAGGGACUUAGCAAAAUACCCUUAAGGAGUUUUGUACCUCGUAGUAGAACCGCUCCAGCUACCAGAGCCUCGAGCCCGGUACACAUAGACAAGCUGUGUCGAAUGCCGUUUUGGGAAUCCUAGAGACAGACAAACGCGAAAUCACGGAUACAUUUCAAACAGACGAGACGAAAAGAUUCCUACGUCCAUCGGUUUUAUCGCAUUUGCUAAAUCGUCGCAUUACAGGUUACAGAGAUAGAAUAUAUUCGUGGGAUACACGUGGUGGCUUUUCUUCCGUUUUGUUCGCUGCACACAAUUUGGCUCGAGAGAUCGUCGUGAAUCAUGUAUCUUCCUUUUCUACCUGUAAAUUUUCUUAACAAAUUCAUGAUUACAUAUCCUGUGUAGGUUGACCGUUGUAAUCAUAGUACAUUCGAUAGGGAGAGCAAUCGUAUUUCCAAUGGUCAGAGAACGUUAGGUUCGCGAUCAACGAAGAACGAUAGUAAUGCCUCUGCCUCUAAUCUUUCGAGAAGAUUUUUCCAAACGAGUAGUCGGCUAUUGAAAGGCGUCAAAUUAAUAAGAUUACGGAGUCGCAGGCAUCACUGUUCGCUCAACUAUGAUACCGUUAAUAAAAUUUCGACAGUGGAAAUCUAUUUCCAUCUCUCAUCGUAGCUAUUGAGAACAGUAAACUUCGCAAACAGUUUCUCAGCAUUUUCUUUCACGAAUUAACGAGGUACUCAACAAAAUUGUUACGAGGGCUGUUUAGCUAGUUUGUUAUCUCGUGCCUUUUUCACAGAGCCAUCUAACGCUCUACGCCGCUUCUCGUAGACAGCCUAAUAAUAUAUGUAUAUUCCAGUUCGUGCGCGAUCGGUAUGUUUCUCAUCACGUUCCAUUGUUAGGAGAUGCCGCCGAGGCGCAAAUAGAAAAUCUAAAGCCUUCGAAGAACGGGUAUCGUUGCAUUAAAGUAUUUCGUAACUGUUACCAGUAACGAUCGGCAGUAAAUCGGAUACUAAAUGAAUAUUUCGAUAGAUUCGUUUGAUCCGGUCGUGUCGUAAUUAAAUGCACGAGAUAAAUUGCAUCGAUGAAACGAGUUUUUCGAAACGUUCCGUUUACUAUUCCCGAUGCAUUUCUAAUCGAUUGUUACACGCGACAACUAUUAAGCAUUCGUGAUUCGCAUUUCUUUUAAUCGCGAAUAGUUCUGUAUUAAAAAAAGAAAAAUGUCUCUUUUGAUAUAUCGAUCGAGAGGAUAUAUUGCGAUAAUAGUUAAACGAAACAGACACGCAUGUUUGAGUUUGAAGACUGUUAUCGAAACCCGUAAGAGUAAGGAAAAAGAAGAUAAGACUAUUUUGCACUUUAUUUUAUAGCUGCAUAUCUAAUACGUAUUGGCCUACGAAGAGAGUGAAAAGAAUUAUUCUUAUUGUUAAUAGAGUUUAAAGAGCAGUUGUUAUUCAUUAAUUGAAUAUAUUCUAAUAGAUUAUUAUACUAGGAGAUAACAGAAAAUAAAACGAAGAUAGGGUUACAGUAUUGUGUAAUAGCCAAUUCUAGGUCUAGUCUUGAAUAGUUAUAGAAGCAAGGGUAAUUACGAUGCCUGUAAAAAAGGUGUUCUUCAAACCCUGGAUACGUUUUGUACUUUGCUUUUUACGACCGUCCUUUCAUUCUCUUCUUCUUUAUAAAUUUCUUAAGUUGUAGCAUCUUAGCGGGUACAGAGAUUGUUCUAUUAGUGUCGCUCACUGACGGGUUUUAUUAUCACUUUUAAUAGAGCAACGUAUCGAACUGUGCGGAGAUAUGAACCUAGUAGUAAUUUUAGAAGCGUGCAAUAUUUAUGCGUUUUAAUUUAAUCGUCUCGAGUAUAGUUUCGCUUUUGCACCAUAUAAAGAGAACGAUACUAGUUGUAUCUAGCUAGCUGUACCAUAAUUUUAUUCGAUAUCGAUUCACGAAUAUUGACGCCGACAGAUUCCGCCUUUAUUUAACGAACCAGUGAAAUCCACCAGGGAAGACAAUUAUAAUUUUUUUCAAGCGCUACCUUAGGGAUCGUCGAUUCCCUCGUAAAACUUUAAACGAUUAAAAACCUCUUCCCUGCACCGCAGAUCGGAGUACUGUUGUGUCUUAAGUAAGAAAUAUCCACAAAAUAUCAUACGUUCUUAACAUGUACAUAUAGAGACUGACCAAGACGAUUUAAAAAAGAUGUCUAUGCAUGUAUACCGCAUCCAAAAAAACAAAAAAAAAAAAAAAAAAAAAAAAGAGGAAAGAGGUUCGGAAAUGUCUAAGUACGAAAACACCAACAAAGAUAUAUUAAUGCAAGAAAGGAGCACCGUGUAAUAUCUUCGCAAGAAUAUUUUCAUUGAGCUUCAAGAGAUGAUAUAUUUUCGAGCGGAGGAAAGAAUAAUGAGAGAUAUAAGACGCUUCGAAGCCAAAGAUAUUUGAUUUCUAACAGUAUGAAAUUGAACAACGUACAAAGUCUUAAAGGCAUUACGUACUUGUUGUGUACCAUAUACGUAAAACCGUUGUAAGCUUUACAGCGCAAGUGCCAUUGAAUACACGGGGAUUUAAACGCCUGGAGAACGGUACCAUCGAUGGUAUUCUCGAUUAAAUCACAAGAAACAACACUCUCGAAUACCCAAAUUACAUGCCACCGGAUAGUUGUCGCGAAAUUUGUACGAUAUUUAACGUCCGUAGUCUCGGUUAUUCGAGCCAAAAAAAAAAAGUAGCAUAGUCGUAGUGUUUCAAUAUCGUUAAAGAAAACGAGGCAUCGAACGUUCUAUUAACUUGCUCGUUACGCUCGAUGCUAAUUAGUUUCGACUUUUUAUCUUUUCUCGUUCGUUUCGUUGUAAGUACGAAUUCUUAGGGAGUGUAAAAUUGCUAGUCGAUCCGACGCUGAGAGUUAAUUACUAUAAUUUCCAUCUCCAAACGAGAUCCCAAUUUUUGCACAAGCUGCUAAACAUCGAGAUACUCCUCGUUAAUAUUCGAAUAUCACAGUACAUUUUAUACUUGUUGAUUUCUUCGUUUUUACAUUGACUUGGAUAAUUUGUCAAAGUAUAAAGCAGCGAAUUGUAGGAAAGUUUUUUGAUGUUUAAGUAUCAACGAAGAGCGACUGUGGAUCAUAUUUUAUGUUUAGUGACUAGGACCGAUCAAUUGUUGCCGUAUUUGAUUGCGACGUAAGGUCAUACUGCUACCGUACAUUUACAUAACGUAGCGAAGCUUAUUCUGUUAUUUUUUAUAGGAGAUUUUAGGGUAACAUUGACCGUACGAUUCGCGAAAAGCGAGAAAUCGUGUAAUCCGUGGAAACUCGAAUCGAUACGAUGGAAAAUUUCCAAUUUAAAAGUAAUUGCAUUUACGACACGUUCAAACUUUCGUCAAAACACUUUGCGUAUCCGCGGGAUCGUACGGUCGUUGGAUCCGCCAGGCGACAAAACUUCAUUUUUUAUAGAAAAUCUUAGAAUAUAUACAAUGUAAAAAAAAAAUGUAAACGCAUACAUGGUUAACGAAACUGAACAAAUUGUUAAAUGUGCAAUUAGGGGCCGUAGAGGGACGCGCGGUUCGAAGAAAAACAAGUUGAAUUGAACGAAGAGCGUUGCUCGAGCGCGUUUGUGGGAGGAUUAGAAACAGAACGCGGGGAAAGUAAAUUUCCUCGAACGUCGAGCAUAUUCAUCAAGAUUUAUCGCUUAAAUGCUGCUAAUUUAUUUUUGUACAGAUCUACCGUACGGUAAUACUAACUUUUGUGCCAGAAAGUAAACGAAAAAAAUACACAGUCUAAUUAUAUACGUAUGUAAGUAUAUGCAGCACGGAAGAGCGAAAGUAUACAUAUACACCGAACACGCUAACACUACGCAACACAGAGACACACACACACAUACACUGGAUACAGUAUACGUAUGGUUCUGUAAACAGACGUUCAUUCUUAACAACGUAUGUAUUUCUUUCUUUAUAUACGUAGAGAAAAGAAAACAAGUACUUUUUAUUCCUGACAUUGUUAAUACGUAUAUACACAUACGUAUUACAUACAUCUGCGUACAUAAAAUCGAGGAAUCUGGAUCGUCGAUUGUCGCCAAUUUUAACUUUUCGCACGAUCGAGGAAGAAGAGAGAAUUCACUGUGUUUGUAUAAUUUAUUUAUCGUGUACAAAAGAAGAAAUCUGUUUUCGAACGUAACGGUUUGCUUUUCCAAGCGAACGGGCAACAUGUGAUGAUAAAAAAACAUAUAAAUACGUAUUCAAACAAGAGAACAGGAAAAAGAGAUAAACGAACAAAUAAUAAAGAGGACGUUCACGUUGUACGCGAUGAACGAUUAAAUUCGUGGAACGAUAUUUUUAUUACUCACGCUGCUCCCGUAAAGAAUAAGGAAUGUUAUAAAACAGAAACAAAAAAAAAAAUGAAUUGUAUUUUUGUGAGGUAUAUCUGUAAUAAAAAUAUAGUUAAAUGUAAAGAAAGUAUAUAUGUAUAUAUAUGUAUGUAUGUAUGUAUAUAUACAUAUACAUAUAUAUACACACGAAAGAAAAAGAAAAUGAACACCGCGAUCGUAGAUUUUAUUGGCUCUGUCGAUAUUAUAUUAUACAUCUGUUUUAAUAUACGUUA